AUGGCAGCGAUGCUCGUUCAAGAUCUUCUCAAACGCAUUGCUCAUUACAUUGUGGUAGUCUACGAGACCGGCGGAGAUGGAUUCAAAUCCCCAAAAGUUAUUCACCAAACAGACGUGCUACCCGACAAUUUUUGGAUCAAUCGCAGCCGGUCGGCGGGCACACAUGCACUUCUGAAUGAGACUUCCUGGAGCGUCAAACGGUCAUAUAAAAACAUCUGCAAUGAUGUAGAAUUCUUGCAAUCCUACCGAGAACGCAACAUGGUUAAGGCCUACGUCGAGAUCUUGAUCAUAGACAGGCAUCCAGGGCGCAUAUUUAGCCCGUACGGCCUUGUUAUCGAUGCUUUAAUGAUGCUUACCAAUGACCCGACCAAAGAAGACAUCAUGAGAAACGCCAUUCGCAAUUCAAUGCCCGAAGACGAACAAACACAGUGGAUAGAUGCCUGCUCGUUAGAAGGGGCAUUCAUCGAAGACAGACAUGUUGGCGACAUUCACUAUGAAGGAACCCGACUGCAAGCAUGGGACGUGCAGCAAAACCAGCCAGACCUAAUCCGCGGUUCGCUAAAUACCAAACCCUCAUUCCGAGACCGCCGGCUGAUAUGCAAGAUCCUCGAUGGAAUGGAGGCUAGCGGAGUAAUUAGUCAGCUCAAAGAACCACACAAGGCCUACUCCAGACCAAGUCUCUUGGACGGCACAGACGGCCUAAAAGACCUCUACUUCCACUAUGACUUCGGUCCAAUUAACGAAAAUGCAAUUGCACUAGGGCCCCUAGGCGCUUCUCUAGCACCCGACUCACUAAGCCGCUUCGCUCACGCGUUUCAGGCGGCGCACCCAGACGCGGUUUUUGCCAAAGGAAGGAUUUCUCCCAAGUCCGCUUCCAGACUCAUUUGCAGACUCGUGGAAACAUUGACAAACAUGAAGGGCCUCAUGUACGUCACCGUGAUUGUCUCUGUGCAGGCUUCAUAUUUUGCCCACCAUUCCCUCCAUCGUCGUGCUACCGGUAGCCGCAACUGUGACUAUGCUAUCCCCGUCACUACUUCGACGGCCUUAACCGGUGCAACCAGCUCACAAAGCAUUGUCACUACCACAGCUCCCGUGCCUACCCUAUUCCUGAACCCCGAGCUCAACGAGGACCGCACCAAUCUCUAA